UUUUACUUGAAAACAAAUUAUUUUUCUGAUAAUAAAAUGUCUGACCGUGAUAAUUUAGAGAGUGAAAGUGAUCAGCCUCCUGCAAAGAAAGCAAAAUCACACUAUGACACACUAUCAAGUCAUCAAACCCAACAAUCAUCACAGGGGUCACAAAAUAUUAUUAUUGAAACUGGACAUCACCAAGAUCAGUUAAACACAAGACAUACUAUUAAUGUUAUGUAAGAUUUUAUUAAUCUAAUAGUACCAGAAUAUACUAAUUUUUAUUUAAGCUUCUUUUAACACUUAUAUAUUUUUUUUAGAGUAAAUAAUAAUAAAAAAGAACGUCAUAAACGAUACAGGGAGCAGAACAGAGACAAAUUGAAGCAGCGUGAAGCGGAAAGAAGAGAACGCAUACAAUAUUCACAAAGUAUUGCCGGACCAUCUACCUCUUCAAACAUGAAUAGAAUAGAACUGAAUAAUGAAGAAAUAAUUACUGCUCAAAGUUCAUCUGGUUCGGAAAAAAUACAACCAUCAUCCAUUCAAAGAAAUGAUCAAGGUAAUGAACCAAAUGCUCUCCAAGAAAAAAGAGAACGUCACCAAAGAUACAGGGAGCAGAACAGAGAUAAAUUGAAACAACGUGAAGCGGAAAGAAGGAGGCGUCUACAAAAUGCAGAUGUGAUUACAUAAUUAUCUACUUCUCCAAACAUCGAAUUUACAGAAAUAAUUAACGAUCCAAUAAUAGAUGAAAUAAGUACAAAUUCUCGAAAUGUAGCUGGUUUAGAAGAAAUGCAGCAUGUAGUAGUUGAAUUAUCUCAGCAAAUUGGACGAAGUCAAUCAAGUGCAAAUACUACGGAAAUUCCGAAUAACUACAGUCAAUUUAGAUACCAUAAAAUUUUAUCGCAUCGGAACUAAGUUUUAUCCAAAAAAGUUCAUUAAUUAACAACGAUGCUGUAACAUGUGCUGUUUAUUUUAACAAGUUAGUUAAUGUAAUAAUGACAAUUUUACAAUCAAAGAAGUUCAGUCCUUUUGGUAAGUUUAGAGUUAUUAACUACUUUUUGAGGAUUGAAUUUCAACAUCGAAGAAAUCCAUAUGCGCAUAUUCUUUUAUGGCUGUAUAAUGCUCCCACAGAUAUUCUUGGAGAAGAGCAAAAACAAGCAAUAGAAAUGAUUAACAGUUUGGUAUCAGUAUCAACGUCGGAAGCAUCGGGAAACAUAAAAUUACUUACGCAUAAGCAUACCUUCACGUGCUACAAAAAAAUUGGCUCUAAUUCUGUGCAAAAGUGCCGAUUUAAAGCACCAUUCAUACCUUGUAAAUCUACAAUGAUUUUAAUACCGAUGGAAAAAACGAAUCCACUUUACAAAGAACACUUGAAAAGAUAUAAUGAAAUUAGAAUUAACUUAGAAAGUAAUGACUAUGACAGUAUUGAUGAUUAUUAUGAAAGUAAUAAUAUCAGAUCACAUGAAGAAUACAAAGAUAUACUAAGAUCUGGUAUUAGUAGACCAAGAAUAUUCUAUAAACGACAUCCGUCCGAAAAAUAGCACAAUACUUUCAAUCCAUUUGUUUUUAAUGUCUUAAAGUCAAAUAUGGAUUUUCAGAUAAUUACUGAAGAAUAUUCUUGCGUGGCAUAUGUCGUCGAAUAUGUCAAUAAAACCAACAGAGGUAUUAGCAAUUUACAACGCAAAAUAAUAGAAGUUAUGAAUGAGAAUCCAGAAUUCGAUAUUGUUAAAAUAACUCGUAAAAUGAGCGUUGAGAUGCUGAAUACUAUUGAGAUGAGUAGUUAAGAAGCUGCUUGGUACCUUUUAAGGUUACCAAUGUCUAAAUCGUCAGUAGCGGUUCAGUAUAUUAACACUUGUUGGCCUAAUGAACGACAGAGGAUAAGAAAAAUACAAAAACAAAUUGAUGAACUUGAUGACGACUCUACUGAUAUUUGGAAGGAAGAUUGGCAUGACAAGUAUCAAAAACGGCCAGAAGAAUUGGAAGGAAUUUCUUUAGCCCAAUUUGUUUUAAACUAUACUAAAAACAGAAAGGGAGAGUACAUCAGAAAGAAGCAGCCUCAAGUUAUUCGUUAUAGAAAUUAUGACAUGACUCAGGAUUACAACGAGUACAGAAGAGAAAUGGUGACCUUACAUAUACCAUUUAGAAAUGAAUACACAGAAAUAUUAGCAGAUAUGAAAUUCACUAUUCACAACUAUGAACACGAAAACGAAAUUUUAGAAAAAAGAAAAGAAUUUGAGUCAAAUAUUAAUAUUCAAAAGACAAUUGAUAUAUGCCGACAAUUAUGUCAUGAAGGUGAGCGAAUAGAUGACGAAUCAGAGGCUCGAGACAUUGCUACAAGAUUUCCAGAGCCAAACCCCUUUGAAGAAUUGUACAGAAAUCCGAAUGCUGCGGUUAAUGAAGAUUUACGUAUAGCUACGCUUAAAAACUUGGGAGCAAUAUCCAAAAGAAGAGAAAAUAUCAUGAGUAAUGAUCGUUUUCGCGAACUCAUAAGAAGCGCUAAUGAAAAACAGAAAUAUUUGCUGCUACACGUCAUUCAUCACAAUUUAUCUGCAGAGAGAUCACCUUUACAAUUAUUUUUUACUGGGCCAGCUGGAUGUGGAAAAACCUUUGUAAUAAAAUUGAUAAUGGAAGUAUAUAACAGAUUUUCUGAUAAUGAUGGGUUCUGCAAUUCAUACAUUACGUGUGCUUCGACUGGUAAAGCUGCAGUAGCUAUUAACGGAACUACUGUUCAUACUGCAUUGAAAAUAUCAUUGUCAAAACUAAUUCCGUUGUCAAUAGAAACAGCACAACAAUAUCGAUGCUUAUUUAAAUAUGUCAAAGUUUUAAUAAUUGACGAAAUCAGUAUGAUUAGUGCCGAGCUCUUGAACCAAAUAGACGCAAGACUAAAGCAAAUAACCGGAAAUUUUGAUGAAAAUUUUGGUGGUCUAGACAUUAUUUUUAUUGGAUAUUUACGACAAUUACCUCCAGUCCGUGCAACUCCAAUCUAUAAGCAGUCUAAACAACGGAUGAUUGGACCCUUACUUUGGCGAGGAUUAAAAUUCUACGAAUUAACUCAAAUAAUGCGUCAAGAUAACGAAAUGUUUGCUUCUAUUCUCACAAAAAUUGGCAGUAGUAUUAUUUUAAAUGAUGAUGAAUUAGCCGUUAUCGAGUCUAGAUUUUUUACGAAGGAAGAAGCCUUGCGCCUGUGUCCAAGUGGUGUACGAUUAUUUCAUGAUAAUGCAUCAGUUAACGCAUAUAACGUACUAGCUUUAUAAACUGAAAAUAAAAUAGAUUCAAUUGUAAUGGACACUAUUUCUGGUUGUACUAAUCAUGAGCAAGAAGCAAACAUGAGACAAAAAUUACACAAGUUGUCAGUGAUUGGUACUGGAGGUUUGCCAUACGAAAUCAUUUUUGUUAUUGGAAAACCUUAUAUUAUUACAACUAACAUAGACGUGGUAGACGGUUUAGCUAACGGCUCCGUUGGAAAGCUGGUUCAUAUAGAACAAAAUGAUGAAAAUCAAGUGACUCGCAUAUGGCUCGUUUUUCCAGAUAAAAACACUGGUAUGGUGGCUAGAAGAAAAGCCGCUGCCUUUCUUGCGGAACAUAAUAUCGAUAGACGUGCAGUACCUAUCGUACGUCGAACUUCAAGUAUACCACUUAAUAAUAAUAAAACCAUUGUGGGAAAAAGAAAUCAUUUUCCAUUGAUAUCUGGAUGUGCUAGGACUAUUCAUAAGUCUCAAGAAGGUACAUAUGACGAGGUGGUCUAUGAGUAUAGUAAAAGUCAUUCUAUAUCAUUACUUUACGUAGCUUUAACACGAGUAACAAGUCUUGAAGGGUUGUUUAUAUGUAACAGUCAGGAUAAUUUAAGAUUUUAUCAUGGAAGAAGAGUAGAUCCAUCAGUUUCAUGUUUACAGCAAGAAUUUAAAAGAUUAUCUCUAAACAAACUUACUACAUUGCAAGGACUGAUCACUGAAUUUAUAAACUCCAGAAAUAAAUUAACCAUUUAUACUUUAAACUGCGAAAGUCUCAGAAAACAUACUACUGAUUUACAAGAUUCUAUUUGUCAAAGGAGUAACUUUUUAUUACUAACUGAAACAUGGCUUCCUGCAGAUGAAUCAGUUGACUUACUUAAUUUUCAUUGUAUAGCUAAAUUUAAGAGACAAAAUGUUAGAGCCGCUGGAGUUGCCAUUUAUAAAAACAACAAUACUUCACAUAUUACUACAUUCAACAUGGAUUUAGUAAUUCAAAAUGCUACAGAAGUUCAUGUCUCCCAAACAUCUAUUGGCGAUAUAUGUGCUUCACACGUUAAACUAGAAGAUGGAAGUGAAUUGAUGAUUAUUUUUGUGUAUAUUUCUCCUAAUAAAAAAAUGAAUGACAUCAUUUCAUUUUUACACGAGAGAUUAUUUCCGUACAGUCACAGAGGUUCAAUAACUUUCAAAACCAAUAAAGACAAACUAACAUUGAUUUUAGCUGGGGAUUUCAAUGUAAAUUUCGCAAAAGAUGAAUCAACGCCAUUAAUUACGUUUCUCCAAGAAGAAUUUCAAUUGCAAAUUCAACAAUCCAAGAGAACCUACCACCAGACACGGAACAACAAUAGAUGCUGUAUUUAUUAGAUAUUUUGAUAAUGUUAUGUCCAAUACUUUUGUAACAUACUUCAGUUACCAUCGACCAAUUGUCACAGUAAUACCGUCCUCAGAGGCAACAACGAACAUAACUAUUACCGAAGUCACUGAUUAAACGA